AUGGCUGACAAAAGAAAACUUCAUGCUGAGGUUGAUCGCUGUCUGAAGAAGGUUACAGAAGGUGUGGAAGCUUUCGAAGAUAUUUGGAAAAAAGUGCACCAAACAAAUAAUGUCAAUCAAAAAGACAAAUUUGAAUCAGAUCUCAAGAAAGAAAUCAAAAAGUUACAGAGGCAUAGAGACCAAAUAAAGACAUGGCUGUUAUCUUCUGAUAUUAAAGACAAGCAAAUACUCAUGGAAUAUAGGAAGAACAUUGAAAAUCAAAUGGAAAAGUUCAAAAUAAUAGAGAAGGAGACGAAGACGAAAGCGUAUUCAAAAGAGGGGUUGGUGUCAACUGGGAAGGUUGAUCCUAAGGAGAAAGAACAAGAGGAUAUUCGUAAUUGGAUCACGAAUGCCAUAUCCAAUUUGAACCAGCAAUACGAGAAAUUGGAGAGCGAAGUCGAAGCGUUGACAGGGAAAAAGAAAAAACUGGACAAGGAGGAUCACUCUAGACUUGCGGGUUGCAAAUUAACUCUGGAAAGGCAUCGCUUUCACAUUGACAAGUUGGAGACAGUUCUCAGACUAGUGGACAACAGUGCCAUACAAUUUGAACAGAUUCAGUCAAUACGGGAUAGUGUGGAAUACUAUGUGGAGAAUAAUGAAGAUGGAGACAUAGAUGCAAAUGAACUGAUCUAUGAGGAACUUCAGCUGGAUGAAUUGAGCUCCAUGUUACUCAAGAAUGAAAACAAUGGCACAGUGACUACUAACUCGUCGUCGAUUACUGCAAACUCAUCGCCGUCAGGGAGUGAACUUGACAUUCCAUCGUCUCUGGGGGCAUCGAAUGCCAAUCAUUUUCCUAAUAACCUGUCACCUGUCUCUGCUCCUGCUACUGUCAAUAGUUUCAAUCAUUUCAAACUAAAAGAUGAUGACAUUAAGAAGAGACCCAAAGUCUCUGAUGAUAUUGGUUUGUCACUGAAAUCUAGCACCUCCAAGCUGUCGACAUCAUCUUCAUCGUCAUUGCUUCCAACAUCUUCACCGUCAUCGUCAUCAUCCCACCUCAUCAAACCAUCACCGCAGACACCUACUAAACUUAGCUUUACUUCCAGAUUCUUAUUCUUCUGUUACCACACUUGUAGCAGCUACAGCAACGACAACAGCAGCGGCAGCAGUAACGACAUCGUCUUCAUCACAGCAAGGCUUCAAUUACAGCAACAGCAUGAUGCCAACAUCAUCCGCAACAGCGACUAUGAUGACGACAUCUGCACAAGCCACAGCGACGACGACGACGACAUUAACCACAACAGCAGCAGCACAUUUAUUUCUGACAUCUACAGCAAUGCAGCACCACAUUUGAUGCAGCAACAUCCACCGCAGCCACAACAGCCACACAAUUGGUUGAAUAGUAACCACCAUUCUUACCCUACUAAAGUUAACAAUGGCCCCUUGCUUCCAAAUGGACCACCUGAUUCUAAGAUUUAUCUUCUUCAGCCUGAUGGUAGCCAGAGUGCUGAUUUGAAAAAAUUGAAUCUCAAUGCAACACUGACAUCAUCGUCGUCGUCGUCAGUAGCGUCGUCACAAGCCGCAUCGUCGUCGGGAGCAACUGCAUCAUCCUCAUCAUCAUUAGCAUCCAUGCCUCCGACAUUUCCAACUACAUUGUCCAGUUUGAAUCACUGCAUGAAGCAUGAUUCGUUCAUCUCGCAUUCGUCUUACAUCAAUGGCAAGGUAGGCCUAGAUUCCAGGGGCACCAGCCUGGCAGCUAGUCCAAUAGUUUUCUCCCAACAGCAAGCAGCACAACAGCAGCAGCAACAGCAGCAGCAUCGUCAGUUGCAGCAACAACAACAUUUGGUUGCUUCCCUUGCACUUCAACAGCAGUCAGCAGCUGGAGCAUUGACAGCACAAACAUUGUCGUCAGCAGCAGCAGCAGUAGUAGCAGCAGCUGCAGCUACGCAGACGGUUGCAUUUAAACCCAUAUAUGGAGUGACCCCACUUGGUCCAGUUCCUCUAACUCCCGAACAUGAGUUUCAACUUGCCAUGUUAGAAAGGGCUUCUAGAAGAAUGCCCAUGUUAAAUGAUUCAGAAAAGUUCAGGGAGUACCUUCCAAACAACUCGUGCCCCACCAAGUUGUACCCCCAACAACUCAUACCACCACUGCAGGCACCUGAUUUCUUCAGCAAACUUGAACCUGAAACUCUCUUUUUCGUCUUCUACUUCAUGGAGGGAACGAAGGCCCAAUACCUGGCAGCAAAGGCCCUGAAGUUGAAGUCAUGGAGAUUCCACACAAAGUACCUCAUGUGGUUUCAGAGGCACGAGGAACCUAGGGCCAUAACCGAAGAGUUUGAACAGGGAACUUACAUAUUCUUUGAUUACGAGAGAUGGGGGCAAAGAAAGAAGGAAAACUUCAAGUUUGAAUACAAGUAUCUAGAAGAUCAGGAAAUUUGAAAUGAUGAUGACGACGACAAUGACGUUUUACCAAUGAUCUAGAUGAUGAUGAUAGUUUGUAAAAUGUAAUUAAGUUUAUAUUGUAACCAUUAUCACCACCGCCGCCACUACUUCUACUACUACUACUACUACUAC